AUGGCCGUCUUGAAGAAGCAGUUUAUAAACCCUGGCUCGUCAGGUGGCUCAGGUACCGUCAGCCAUCGAAACUCGCUUCGACUUGAUCCUGCUGACUGUGUGGUAUUCACUCCAGGUGAGAUUUCGCUUCUCCGCAAUAUAUGGAAAGAGAUCAGUGAGAAUAACCUGGACCAUGGAAGAGGACUCAAGUCUUCACAAGCAAGCACAUUCUUUUGCCAGCAGUUCUAUGAGAACCUCCUUGGAGACCAUCCUUCGCUUCAAACACUGUUUCCCAGUCUUCAGUCUCAGUCGGCUGCUAUGGCCUGGGUCCUGGGCCAGAUUAUAGCCCAGCUAGAAGAUGUCUCACAAGCCCAAAGUGUGCUUAUAAAACUUGCCAAAUGGCACUCACGGCUCAUGAAUCUCGAGCCUGUUCAUUAUGAGUACGUAGGCUCAUCACUUCUUCGUACACUGGGAGACCGACGUGGGGAUAAGUUCACUGCUCAAGAAGAGAAUGCAUGGAUCAAGCUAUAUACGUUUAUAGCCAACGUGAUGUUGAAAUAUGGCGAGGACCCGCUUCUGCCAUCAGAAACAGUUGCAAGUCAGCUACCACGCCAUGCCACAAGUUCAAACCCACAGCUUUCUGUUUCCAAUUCUUACGAGCCUAGUACAGUACUUGCUUCGAAACGCUCGCAGAACCCCACCACGAAGAGCAACCCCGCCAAAAAAGAGCACAGCAAGAGCCACAGGUUAUUUUUCGGAAACUUGCUUGGAUUAAACACCACAACCCCCACACGGACCUAG